UAUCUGCGCGCGAGAGAGGGAGAGGGAGAGGAAGAGAGAGAGGCACAGACAGAGAGAGAAAGAGAGAGAGAGAUUGUCAGAGAAACCGAGAGAGUCUACUGUGGUGGUGUUGGACUUCGGACGGCACGAGCUCUACAUGAACCGUGUAAAAUGCUUUAAGACGCUUUCAGCGUUUGUCUCAUACCCGUCCGAACCAAGGACAACCCCGAAGCGGAGCUCCACUUCCCGACCAGGUGUAACACCGUCUCAAGCUUGAAGGGGGCAGAAUGCCGGAGCAGAGCAACGACUAUCGCGUGGUGGUGUUCGGGGCGGGGGGAGUGGGGAAGAGCUCCCUGGUGCUGCGCUUCGUGAAGGGCACCUUCCGGGACACCUACAUCCCCACGGUGGAGGACACCUAUCGCCAGGUGAUCAGCUGCGACAAGAGCGUGUGCACCCUCCAGAUCACCGACACCACAGGGAGCCACCAGUUCCCAGCCAUGCAACGCCUGUCCAUCUCUAAAGGCCACGCCUUCAUCCUUGUGUACUCUAUCACCAGCAAACAGUCCCUGGAGGAGCUCAAACCCAUUUACCAACAGGUCUUGGCCAUAAAGGGCAACGUUGAGGCUAUCCCCAUCAUGCUCGUGGGCAAUAAGAGCGACGAGACCCUGCGAGAGGUGGAGACCAAGGACGGGGAAGCCCAGGCCAACCAGUGGAAGUGCGCCUUCAUGGAGACGUCGGCCAAGACCAACCACAACGUGACCGAGCUCUUCCAGGAGCUCCUCAACCUUGACAAGAAGAGGAACAUGAGCCUCAACAUCGACGGCAAGCGCUCGGGGAAGCAGUCCCGCGCCGAGAGACUGAAGGGCAAAUGCAGCGUGAUGUAAAUCUGAGAGAGGGGAAGUGCAGGUAGAGAGAGUGGGGGGGGGGGGGGGGGCGAUACAGAGUAUACAGAAAAAAAGGGAUCGGAGGGACUCACUACAUGUCUCAGUCAGAGAAAAAACCUCCGGGAGGCAGCAAUGGUCUUAUCAUCCACAUCUUCCUCCGUUUGACUGGUGCAUUCACAAAACACAAAUCAGCUGUUAUUUUUUCUUAAAACAUACAGGGUUUCAGUUUCAAACCAUACAUCCACGCGCAUUGUGCUGAAAGAACAGAUGAGGAGGGAGAACAUUGAGAGGCAGAUUAAACUCCAGAAGAGAUGAAUUACCUGUGGACGUCGGCCACAGAAGGAGGAAGGAGGCUGUGGAACCUUCGCGUCACCCCAGAAACAUCCGCCCGAGGAGCUCAUGGAGACCCCCCCCCCCCCCUGAAACAGAACGAACACCACAGACUGAAGCGCUCCUCUGAAGCAGCAGGCCCAAGGUUCCUGAUCCACACGACACGAAACAGGUCGUGUCCUCCCUCCUCCACAUCCAACCCCUCCCUCCCUGCUCGGCUGCGUCCUCAUUCCAGCACCCUCCUCCUUCGCAAACACCCCCGUACUACAAGAAACGUCAUUAUGUAACAGAGCCGACAAAGCCAGUAUAGCUCGCUCGUUUGAAAUAAAACACUAUUUUAGGAGACUGAGUUGUCUGCCAUGCUAGGAAGCGCAAAACCCAAAGGUUUUGAGAUUGCUGCUGUAAAAGACGAAAUACUGAGACCCCGCUGCAUCACAGAGCCACUCCCGAGGACUGUACAUGGGAUACUCCAGUAUGUUCCAUCUAGUCUACGCCAGUGGAAGAGUAGGGUGAAGCAUUAAAGCCACGUCUUCUCGUUUAAAAAAAAAAAGACCAUAAUUAGCCUUCAUCGAGCUGUCGUCAUGUCAAAAACUCAUCUGCUAAAUGUCCUCAUAUUAAGAGGAGAAACAUCCAGCGGCAGGAUAUGCACAUAAGCUACUGAUACGGCGCAACAAUCCUUUUAAGACUCUCAUCUAUUGUAGGAUAAGUCCGGAAGAAAAUAAGAUGGACUCUCAUGAAACAUAGAAAUCCACGUCUGCCUUGUCCACGAGGAGGAUUCACUCGGAUCAUCAAUGCUGGUCAGACGAAGGGGAGGAUUUGGGGUUCUGGGUUAAAGAAUGUCGCUCUAGCACUUUUCAUGUGAAGGUUUCUCUUCUUUUGCCUUUCUUUCUUGCUUGUUUGCUUUAUGAUGCUCUUUAAAGUUGUGUAAGAGCUUUUUUUUUUUUAAGAGUCCCCCUUAAACAAAAAGCACCAAGAGAUUCGUGCCGAUGAUUCAGUUCUAGCUGAAUCCCCAAAUUCUGUUUCCUAUUUGGUUGGUUUGGUCACAUUACCUCCCAUAUGCUCUUGUGGGCAUCAGCAAGCUGGAAACAGAAUGGGACACACACACAUUUACAACCACAGCAUGCGCACAAAUGCAUUCAUGCAAGUGUAAAAAAAAUAAAAUGUCAAUUUGAGUAACACUGUUGACUGAUUACAUAAAGACAAACAGGGCGAACUCAGCAUCAAUGCCCUCACAUUGCACUUUAUACCAUAAACACAAACAAGUACACACACACACACACAAGUACACACACACACACACCUGUAAUUUGUCAUGCGUUUGCCUAUGUUACGUUUAAACAAUCUCCACAUAUUACAGAAUAUUCUCCUGGGGCCUAAUAGCUUCACUGUAUGUCCAAAGUGCAUGAAAACAACUGUCUUCGCGCAGGAGCUCUGAAUAUUGUACAAAGUCUACACAGGACAGCCAAAAGCACAAGACUUUUUUACCAACAUAUCUAUUUAUACAUUUCCUUCUGUUUCCUCUUUCUUUUAAAUAUUUUCCUUGUUUGUCCUCUUUGUGCAAUUUUCAACUUCAACAUUUAUUCACUAGUCCUGAACAUAAGAGAAAUAAUCUCAUGCUUACCCGGUAGCUUCUCCGUCUCAGCAUAGAUGCUGAGUUCCUAUUUGUCCGGUACGUGGCACAAUCAGGUUGUGGUUCUGCUGCACAACAGGGUAUCGAGACGUAGCGGCGAGCUGUGGUUCAUUAGUGCGAGCAAACCUCCACAGAACCGUGGGUCGUAUAAAGGAGGUGGACGGGCAGGGUCAUUAUUUGUCUACCUUUCUCCAUCUCUCAGGUGGUUUUAGCAACAAUUGUGGUUGGAGGAUGAUCUGCUCCUGUACAGCUAAACCCAAGACAUAGAUGAUGCCCCUUUUUUAACGUGUUUCUUUUUAAAAACCACGGCAACUGUUUGUCGUCCGGCCGUCUUUGUGUGCAGCAGAAUCAACAACUGGGCACUUUAGGGUGACAAUUUACUUGAAGACUUGCUUAUUUAUCAGCAAUGCCUCAUUUAGUAUCACCACAUAAAAUGUCCCUCCUGCAUUAUUCACGCCCACAGUUGUUGUAAAUGAAGCAUAUGGUAGUUGAAUGAAAUGUUACCAAAGGAAAACUGUACCCGCUGUCGGCUUGGGAAUGAAUCCUUUGGAAAACGGAAAAGUUGUUACAGUAGGAGGUUUCGAUGUUGCUAUGUGCUGCAAUAUAUACAGCGUAAUGAUGAUGCUCAUGAUAUAUUGUCUUUGACACGUUCACUCUUCAAAUCUAGCAGAUUAUACUAGCAAAAUGUGAAUAUGUAACUAAAGGUUUCACUUUGUUACCUUUUCCAUUUUGAAAGCGGAAUGAAUCCGUCGAUAUCGAUGUGUUGUACUCUGCAAUAUUGUGAGGUCCUUUAAAACUCCAAAAUUAUCAUCGUAAAGCGUGUCCUUUACGUGUUAGAUCCCAGGCACGCUCACCCGUACUCUCUCUUACUUUUUUAUUAAAAUAUUAGUCAAAUGGUUUGUUUUAGAUGCAAGAAGGACGGAGUGAUAUCUGCCAUGUACCAACCUGAUGUGUCCUUCUAGUGGUUAAAAAUCUAGGGGUAAAAAAAAGAGCUGGAAGUUAUCUGAAUAACUCUCAGGCAGUGCUGACUCUAUCGGAUGUGUAGCUAGUGGUCCACACGCUGCAUAAAUAUGAGCUUGACACGUCUGGUUGCUUCACACAAACGCCAGUUUGCCAGCGCAUGUUUGUGCAAUCGUUGUUGUUCUGCUGACGUCUACAGGAGACUGUCGUUGUUCAUGUCCCUGCUCUGAAUAUGACACAGCAGAGAGGGAAAAACAAUGAGACAACGUGCAAGAGCAGCACGGACAACGCUCUCAUGUGAGAGGCUGCACUCACAAUGGAAACAGCGAGGAAAAUAUGGCUUGCGUUAACUAUCUAGGCUUUAGAAUAUAUAAACUAGCAUGUGAGGAGACGUGCUCAGUAAAUGUGUGGCCGUCCCUGGACCUUCUUGGGCUGUGUGAGUUAAACGCUGGCAUGAAUCAGGACACACACCUCUGCCCCCGUGCUCCCUCGGCCUGUCUCAUCUCGUUUUGUAACGAUGCACACUCACUGCUGCUGCCUGUGUCUCUGACUGUGACCAUAAUCGUAUACACACAUGUGCAGAAUCAGCUGCUUAUUUGCAUCCCUUCACCCUGGCCUGCUUGAGUGUGUGUGUGUGUGUGUGCGUGCUGUGCCACCUUCUGUCAGAUGUUGGUUGCUUUCCUCUUGCAGAAGGUCUACACAUUUCUGCAUGAGUCAUCCAACAUUGCUUUAACACUCCGGCAAAAAUAAACACACACUUACACAAGCGUAUAAACGGUCAUGGAGGCUAAAUAGACUGCAUGCUCUUAGCUGCACACGCACACGCACACUUCUACACGCAUAUUACAUUCACACAGGCCUUGUCAGUGAAGCCAGGUUCUCUCACUGUCUCUUCUUCUGCUACGCGUUGUUGUACAGACACCACUGUUACCACUUCUCCUCCAUAAAUCAGUUGUCCGCCCCCUGACAUCAUGAGUGUCACUUCACUUUCAUCCCUUAGACUUUUUUGUUUUUUGUGUUGUGAAGGUCGGUUGCACUAAAACAGACGAAAGGCCGACCCUGCUCCUUUUUUGAUUGUAGAUAGUUGUAAAUAGUGUUUAAAGAGCGUAAUAUUUCAGCGAGAGCAGAGUGUCCAGAGGCAUGGAUGCUUUGGUCAGAAGAUGCGUUUCUGUCAAAGUGCCCAAUUUAAAUGAACACAAAUCCUUCCUUCAGUGGAGAGCUGUACUGAGUCACGUUAUGUCCAGUUCACCAGCUGUCAUGAAGUUGUUAAAAUGUCAUGACAGCUGUUCAAAUUAUACAACUAAUUGGCUGAGCAGGUAAGAUACAGGAGCCCAAAGUGAACAAUAUUGGAUUAAUUAAGAAAUGAAAUUCAGAAAAAUAUAAAUACUCAUGAAUACUUCAUAAAUACUGAAAUAAAUGUUAGAAUUCAGCUCAUUAUUAUAACUGUUCUUCCAUUUUUUUAUAUUGUUUUCAGCGUUUUGACCACCAAAUGUUCACAUAUUUAGUUCCCCCAAAGAACAUUUAUUUAGUCCCAAAAUCCCAAAGUCUUUGUUCGUCAAGACAAACAGGGGGCGGGCGGUUACGUGAUUGGCUGUCAACUCAUUCAGACCAAAGCAGCAGCCAAUCACAUGGCUGGAAUGAUAUAAAAUCGCCCUGCAGUUCAAUAAUGCUAUUACGAAAAGAAACAGGUUAAAAUAAUAUUCUAUAAUAAUGUCAUGUUAUUAUUCAUUUUAAUCUUUUAAAUAUUGAACACUUUGGGUCUCAAUAGGACUUUUCAUCGGCAGCAUUUGUCCCAAAUUUCGAUUGGGGUCAGUUGAAGUUCAACUCACCUUGUCUGAGGUAACCUGGAACCUACAGGUUACUUAAGAGCCAUCUGGUGCAGAGCAGAGAAGGUGUGCGUCACAUGCGUUCUUCCAUAGCAGGAUGGUAACACGACCCUUUGGUACUUAAAAGAAGGGCAGUCCCGUGAAAUCUAAAUACGCCAGUGUUUUAUAGACUAACUUACAUGUGUCAUCAACUCAUCUCUACCAACGAGGGCAGGUUACAGCACUGUUGAGGCAGACGACCCGAUGAACUCACUGAUUUGGGGUUUGAGGAAAAACGGACCGUUAACCUCUCCCGCUCACCCCUUUACAUCUUGUCUGAUCCAAUCCUCACGAGCUGUUUUGGAGAACAAGGGGCGUAAAGUUGGGCAUUUAGACUGUGUGGGUAAUGUAGUUUGGUACUAUCCUGUCUCUCUGGCCCUUCAUUCCUGCAUGGUCCCUAUUGGUGUUCCAGCCAGCAUGAGAACAAGGACACAAACUGUGAAUCAUCUUUGUAUUCUUUAAAAAAAAAUCCUCAGCAGCAUUUACCGUUUCGGUUUUGCAAAUAUUUUAAUUUCUUUUAAGCACUUAUGGUUUUCGGUUAAUUAUUCUGUUUGUUUACAUUUUUUUCUGUUGGAACUUUUUUUUAUUUAUUUAACUUAUUAUGAUGUAUAGAUAUUUAUUCUAGCAAUAGUCUUCCUGUUAAGAUAUACUGUGCUGAUGCAUCCUCUGAAUAACACACACACACAUACACACAUAUACCUAUAGAUAUAUAUCUAUAUCUAUAUAUAGAUAUAGAUAUAAUAAUAAUCAAAUCUGCAAAAUGAUUUUCCUAAUAAAAUUAUGAACUGAG